CUGGUUAUGUAACUCUGCCGGAGACUUUCAAGCUUGGCGCGAUCAUGGCAUGCUGGAACAUGUUUGUUUGGAUUGUUGUAGGUGGAGUCUGGUGGAAAUUCUUGGGCCUGUAUUAGGGGUCCACCAGGUAUCGGACAAUUUUCAAAUUUGUGAUUUUGCUCUUUGUAAAAAUUGGUCAUUAAAGCACCAGUACGACGAACGUUAAAUUGUCGAAGUCCAUCGACAGCAUGGCUUGCUUGUGUACAGCUGCAAGUUUUGGAUGAAGGGGGGGGUCGUACUGGCCAUUUAUCAAAGAGAGAGAGAGAGAGAGAGAGAGAGAGAGAGAGAGAGAGAGAGAGAGAGAGAGAGAGAGAGAGAGAGAGAGAGAGACCCUGCAGCAUGUCUGUUGAGUGGAAAAAGGAAACACAUUUGGGUAUAAGAUCCAGAGGACAGAGGGUGUUGUGUGUGUGUGUGUGUGUGAGAGAGAGAGAGAGGAGUGAACCCUUCAAAAGCGACACUUUGUAGAGCAGGCAAUUAUGCCAGAAUAAUCCCCCUUAGAAAUAUCAACCGACUCAAGCGCGCAAAAAUUAAGAGAAAGAAAUGGCAUUUUGUACUAUUUUGACUCUUUGCAACCUACAUGA